UCAUUGAUGGAGAACAGUACAGAAGUGACUGAGUUCAUCCUCCUUGGACUAACCAAUGACCCAGAGCUGCAGGUGCCCCUGUUUAUCCUGUUCACUGCCAUCUACCUCAUCACAUUGAUUGGGAAUUUGGGAAUUAUGGCGUUGAUUCUCUUGGACUCUCGUCUGCACACUCCCAUGUACUUUUUCCUCAGUAACCUGUCUCUGGUGGAUUUGUGUUACUCUUCAGCUGUCACUCCUACAGUCAUGGCUGGAUUUCUUCUAGGACACAAGGUCAUCUCCUACAAUGCAUGUGCUGCUCAGAUGUUCACUUUCGUAGCCUUUGCCAGUGUGGAAAGUUGCCUCUUAACAUCCAUGGCCUAUGACCGCUAUGUGGCAGUGUGCAAACCCCUGCAUUACACCACCACAAUGACAACACAUGUGUGUUUGUGUCUGGCCAUAUGUUGCUAUUUCUUUGGGUUGCUGAAUGGCUCCAUCCAUACUGGGGACACCUUCAGCCUCAGUUACUGUGAGUCUAACGUGGUCCAUCACUUUUUCUGUGACAUUGUAGCAGUCAUGGUUCUCUCUUGCUCUGAUACUCAUGUUAGUGAGCUCGUUCUUAUUUGUGUAGCAAGCUUCUACACAUUUUUUGAAAUUUUGGUUAUCGUGAUCUCCUACAUAUUCAUCUUUAUCACCAUCCUGAAAAUGCCCUCAUCCUCGGGGUAUCAGAAAGCUCUGUCCACCUGUGCCUCCCACUUCACUGCAGUCUCCAUCUUCUAUGGGACUAUCAUCUUCAUGUACUUACAGCCCAAGUCCAGCCAUUCCAUGGACACAGACAAAAUUGCCUCUGUGUUCUAUACUAUGUUUAUCCCCAUGCUGAACCCACUGGUCUACAGCCUGAGGAACAAGGAGGUUAAGAGUGCACUCAUGAAGGUGUCUUACAGGCAAAAUUCUAUCUAG